GAGAAGGGCGGCUGAGGGGAGGCUGGCCGCGCGCGCGGUGGUGGCGGCGGCGCCGGCGACCUGAGCCGGGCGGAGUGGAGAGCGACGGAGGGGGCGGAGAGAGAGGGAGGUGGAGGGGAGUGAGAGCCGCAUUUCCAGUUCCCAACUACGAGUCCCGAGUUUGUAGAUGGGGCUGCUUGGCGGCGCCUGCGGCUGAGGAAGAACAGCGGCGGCGGGAGGAGGGGAGCGACGGCGGCGCGGAGGAAGCCGAGGUUGCGAGCCGCAGCAAUGCAGCAAGUGUUGGAUAACCUUACGGAGCUGCCCUCAUCUACAGGAGCAGAAGAAAUAGACCUAAUUUUCCUCAAGGGGAUAAUGGAGAAUCCUAUUGUAAAAUCACUCGCUAAGGCUCACGAGAGGCUAGAGGAUUCAAAACUAGAAGCUGUCAGUGAUAAUAACUUGGAAUUAGUCAACGAAAUUCUUGAAGAUAUCACUCCUCUAAUAAAUGUGGAUGAAAAUGUGGCAGAACUGGUUGGUAUACUCAAAGAGCCUCACUUCCAGUCACUCUUGGAGGCCCAUGAUAUUGUGGCAUCAAAGUGUUAUGAGUCACCUCCAUCAAGCCCAGAAAUGAAUAAUUCUUCUAUCAAUAAUCAGUUAUUACCAGUAGAUGCCAUUCGUAUUCUUGGUAUUCACAAAAGAGCUGGGGAACCACUGGGUGUAACAUUUAGGGUUGAAAAUAAUGAUCUGGUAAUUGCCCGAAUCCUUCAUGGAGGGAUGAUAGAUCGACAGGGUCUGCUUCAUGUGGGAGAUAUCAUUAAAGAAGUCAAUGGCCAUGAGGUUGGAAACAAUCCAAAGGAAUUACAAGAAUUACUGAAAAAUAUUAGUGGAAGUGUCACCCUGAAAAUUUUACCAAGCUAUAGAGAUACCAUUAUUCCUCAACAGAGUUGCACCAAUAUGGCGACGCAUCCGUCACACGUCCGUCAGGUAUUUGUGAAAUGUCAUUUUGAUUAUAAUCCAUACAAUGAUAACCUGAUACCCUGCAAAGAAGCAGGAUUGAAGUUUUCAAAAGGAGAAAUUCUUCAGAUUGUAAACAGAGAAGACCCAAACUGGUGGCAGGCUAGCCAUGUAAAAGAGGGAGGAAGCGCUGGUCUCAUUCCAAGCCAGUUCCUGGAAGAGAAGAGAAAGGCAUUUGUUAGAAGAGACUGGGACAAUUCAGGACCUUUUUGUGGAACCAUAAGUAGCAAAAAAAAGAAAAAGAUGAUGUAUCUCACAACCAGAAAUGCAGAAUUUGAUCGUCAUGAAAUCCAGAUAUAUGAGGAGGUAGCCAAAAUGCCUCCCUUCCAGAGAAAGACAUUAGUAUUGAUAGGAGCUCAAGGUGUGGGACGAAGAAGCUUGAAAAACAGGUUCAUAGUGUUGAAUCCCACUAGAUUUGGAACCACAGUGCCAUUUACUUCACGGAAACCAAGGGAAGAUGAAAAAGAUGGCCAGGCAUAUAAAUUUGUGUCACGAUCUGAGAUGGAAGCAGAUAUUAAAGCUGGAAAAUAUUUGGAACAUGGGGAAUAUGAAGGAAAUCUCUACGGAACCAAGAUUGACUCUAUUCUUGAAGUUGUCCAAACUGGACGAACUUGCAUUUUGGACGUCAACCCACAAGCUCUGAAAGUGCUGAGGACAUCCGAGUUCAUGCCCUAUGUUGUGUUUAUUGCUGCUCCCGAACUAGAGACGUUACGUGCCAUGCACAAGGCUGUAGUGGAUGCUGGUAUCACUACCAAGCUUCUGACGGACUCUGACUUGAAGAAAACAGUGGAUGAAAGUGCACGGAUUCAGAGAGCGUACAACCACUAUUUUGAUCUGAUCAUUGUAAAUGACAAUCUAGACAAAGCCUUUGAGAAGCUACAAACUGCCACAGAGAAACUGAGAGUGGAGUCACAGUGGGUCCCAAUCAGCUGGGUUUACUGAUGAUGCAGUAAGGUCCACAACUAAAAUAAAACUUUCAGAAAGUGACUGCAACAAGUAAACCUUCUACUGAGAAAAGACAUGCACAGAUAGAAGAUAUCUGCCGAGUCCAGGCAUUUUUAUUGUGUAGAUUGAAGUACCAGUACACACUAUUCUGGAUUUUUAUAGAAAAUGUGGUUGGGAAGGUGUACUAAUAUAUAAUUUAUCUUAAUUUUUCUAACUUUUUAUGGAUAAUCUUUCUAUUCAUAUCACAUAAAGAAAUGCGUUGAAGCAUUUUGUAUAUGUUUUGAUUUAGUACCCUUGCCUUUUUCAUCAAAGGAAUUUUCAAAUCAUUCACUCUAACAUUGGUCUCACAUGUUCACUGUGAUAAUGAAUACUUGAAAUCGUUUGUAAAGCUGUCAUUUAGUUCAGUAUUUAGUGAAGGGUCAGCUACUCUUAUUAGAAAAUAAUGGUUUAUUGGCCUUCUUUCCUAAUAUGUAUAAUUUCUUACAGAAGCAGAAUUUUAAUGUCAGUGCUACAGCUAGUCUACUACCAUCCAAUACUGACAUCAGAAGUCUGCUCAAUGCUACAUAGUUUCAUUAUUACAGAGAUGUAUGGCUAUCCACUUUAAUUUACGCAGCUAUAUUAGUUUUUUCCCUUCAUUCUCUCUCUUGUGAAAAAAUGAAGAGCAAUACUUUGCACUCUCAUUUAUUGCAGUGACGGGCUGAUGCUUCGUUAACAUGUACACAGCAAGCAAGGCCGUGCCGGCUGAGAGAGUGCCUUAUCCUGCAAAACCUUACAGCAAAAUGACUCUGAAAGUUGAUUUAUUUGUACAUGUAAAAGUUUAACUGACAAAAAUGAACGUAUUGCUUCAUACAGUUUUUUUAUUAGGAUAUGGUCAGCAAAUGUAUCACGCCUCUGAAAAUUUCUGUGACGCUGAAAAAUGCCUCCAAGUUUGCAAUUGGGGGGUGUUGUGAACAAUCAGUGUGCUUUUGAAGUGUGAUGUGAUCAUUAGGGUAUUUUUUCGGUUUGUUAUGUUGUGAAGCAAAUCCAUUGAACAGUUUAUGAAAUUUGGAAAUAAUUGUCAGCUGUUUUAUCUCAAUACAAUAUAUACAUUAUAUAAUAUGUACAUUGUAUGUAUUAUAUAAUAUAUAUUAAAUAAUGUAUUAUAUAUAUUUUUUACAUUUCUGUUAGGAAAUGUACUUUUUUGUUUAAUGAUUAGGAAAACAGUUCUCCAUCUUUAGAUGCAUUAACAUAUACAAAUUUCCAAAAUUAAUCUCAGUUAGUAUAUUCUUCUAGGAUUCUUAGAUGGUAUAAAUUCUUCCUAAAACAUAUUCAGAGAUGCAGGUCAUCAUUAAACUAAGUUAGCCAUAUUUUAUAUUGCUGCUAGCUUUUCACAUAAACAGUAUUCACACUUAAAGGGUGAGGUGCUUAAAUACUGGUGGUCAUCUUUGUCUGGUGCUAGGCACCAGACACCUGGCUGCUGAAUUUGUUUUCCCCUCACCAAAGCUGUCACACGGAAUGCAGCCGGGAGGACUCAGAGGGAAGAGAAAAUACAUGGCAUUAAGCAGCAUGCACACACUGUUCUUCACAAUGAGACCGAACACCCAAGUUGCUAUAUGGUUAAGAUUGGAAAUCCAUAGGUGUUUUUUUUAAUCCAGCAUUUCAUAUCCAGAACACAAAUUCAUGUUCUUUGUCCUAGGAUAGGAAAUUGGUGGCAGAAUGGAUCACACCCUUUUAAUAACUUUGGUUAUUAAACUUUUAAACCACAUAUAUUUACAUCAAAUUCUUGGCUUCUCAAAGCAACAUGAAUCAAAGCACAGUGUCGAGAUGAUGUCCCAUGACUUAGUGUCUCAACACACUGUAAGCUUUAAGAGAAAUUUUAUUCCCACACUCUCAGGAAAUGUGCCGUCUUCUGCGGUGUGCCUUCCUGCUGCUGCGUGGAGCCUCUUUGGAAUCCUGGUAGCAGCUCAAGAAGUUCAUACACAAAAUAUUUUACCCAUCUGACACAAGAGAUGAUUUUUACAUCAUAUAUAUCUUAAGCCUUAUCAUAUGGUAUAAAAUGCACAUUACUUAGAAAACAGUCUACACUUAAAGGAAUUAUUUCUAUUAUAAAUGGUAUUCAUGACUAACUACUUAGUUAAUAUGAGAGUCCUCCUAAUAUAAAAUGGAACAGUGCCGUUGAUUUCAUUUCAGUCUAGACGCCAGAGAUGAAGAGAAUAAAUUUAGAAAAGGUCGUUUAUCUCAGUAAAGAGUCGCUGAACUUGAAACUCAAGUCCCACCUGGGUCUGCAGGAACCAGCAGAGCUCUGCUGGGGCAAGGAGUCCCAGAGGCCCUGGAAUUCUCCCGAGGCAAUGAGAGUAUAGUUGUGAUCAACGAAAUGUGAGCUUCUCUUGUAGGAAAGGUCUAAGAUAAUUAGCUUUACUAAAGAGAAAAGAGUUUAAAGUGAUGUUGAACAAUUGGUAAUAGUUAAAAUAUACAUGCACGUGCAUAUGCUUUUGGGAAACAAUGUGCCAGUACACUAAUGCACCUGAGGAUUCCUUGUGGACAGGUGAGUAUCCACAUUCAGCAUUCAGGGCAUGACUAUUUAUAUACAGCUAAAUAUUAUAUAUAUUUUUUAUUUUUAAAUAUACAAAUACCCCAUAUCCAUAGAGUUGAUGUCCCUGGAUAAAUCAUUUAACCGUUAAGUAGUAGAAUAUAUGUGAUGCACUCAAGUAGAAUUUUACUUUUAUUACAGCUAUGCCUCGAUUAUGCAGUCUCAAUUUCUGUUUGAUAUUUGGAUAGUAUCAAAUAAAAUACUAUCCAGUACAUCAGAACUUUGUUUACUUUUGCCAAGUCUAACCAUACCAUUGCUGAAGAUAGCUUUCUAAAGUAGAAAUCGUAUCAUAAACCCAGUACAGCAAUAGUAGCCUGAACCCUAGAUUCUAGAAUCUAGUAAAUUUAAUAUAAUAGCUUAUAAGGACAAGUUUUCUUUAAAAGAGCAAAUUGGAUAUUAACACAAAUUUAGAAAAUAAUGCAAAUUAGCAAUAAAAUAUGUUAGUGUAGCAUUAUAGACUGGCCAGAUACUAACUGCUUUGACCGUAAUAUCCCAAUGACAGUAGAGGAUGAUCGUUGCUUUAAAGAUUCAUUUAAAUUUGUACUUAUUUUAAUGGAUAACAGUAAGUGUCAUGAUCCAGUAAUUGGGGUUGAUUUUUAUGAUAGAUAGCCAUGGAGUUAGGUACAAGUAUUUUAAAUUUGUAAACACUGAACAUAAAAGUUUUGCAAAUUGGUCAAAAUAAUGAUCUACUUAACAUUGUACUUACACGGCUUCUGAAACAACACCCCGUUUUCCAGAAAUCACAGGCUAGGGAGCCAAUAAUUUUAUAGUAAUGAAUCUUUAUACUAAAAAUGGAAAAACACAUCCUGAAGUUUUAUGUAUAUAGAUAGCAGGUCAUUUUUUAAAUGUUUGAGUCACCAUAUAUAAUAUAUAUAUAUUUUAUAUAUAUAUAUAUAUACACACACACACACACACACACACACACACACACACACACACAGAGCUAUGUGUAUAAUAUGUAAAAUUCUCCCAAGAUACAUGAAUAGUAAAAUUAAAUCUGUUCACCCAUGUAAUUAUAACUAGUGCUCUUACAUUUUUAAUUACUCCCAAUUCUUAGACAUUAUGAAACUUUUUUCACAUUGUUUUCAUAGGUUCUGGUUUUACCUUGAGGCAGAUACUAAUCCCCUUUCUGAAAAAUAUAUUUGGAAUUAAGCUCAGAAAAUUAUUAUAACUUAGUUUCCUUAGGGGAGAAGGAUAGAGUCCUAGAUGGAAGCCUCUUGGGAAAUACUUAUUUAAACCUUCAAAUGAGUUUGUGAUAUGGUUCAGGCUUAGAGAUUAUGGUACCUGCCCUCCUCUUGUUUCAUUGGAUUUGUUGUGAGAAUUCAUGUAAUAACAUCUGUAAUGGAUUUGGAGUUCUUGGGAGAAAUUCAGAAUUUUAAAUAAUAGGGUUAUUGUAUAUAGUACAAGUUAAUAUUAUUCACAAACUUUUAAGAAUACAGUCGACUAAUAAUUCAUGAGUUUUUACGUAUACAUUGUGUAUCUGCAGAAGAUGACAAUUAUGUAAUUUUUUUAAGGUAAGAUUAUUUUUUAACUGCAUUUUUGUUAGCUUCAAGUUUUAUUCAUUUUUAAUAUUUCCCAUAAUUUAUCAUGUUACUUUGUGUGUUCCUGGAAUGAUUUAAUGCACAGAAUCAAAAAUGAGUCCUUAAAAACACUAGAAAGUGAAGGAAUGAUGCUAUCUCAUUUCUAAGGUAAGAAUUUAAAAGCAUGGUUUGCACUACUUCUGCAAUACACUGUACUGCUUUCUUUAAAAUAGUCUCUCUCUUGAUAAAAAUAGAGCUGGUGUACUUCUA